AGGUUAGUAAACGCUGUAUUUUAUAAACAAACUUCAGCCAGGUGACGCAUCAUCAUGAACAACGACGUAGAAAUAAACGACGGUGACGCAGAAAAUAUACCAAGUGAUGCCCAAAAGCCAGAAAAGAUGUUUACUUUGAAGAAAUGGAAUGCCGUGGCCAUGUGGAGUUGGGACGUUGAGUGCGAUACCUGUGCAAUCUGCAGAGUGCAAGUUAUGGAUGCUUGCCUACGGUGCCAAGGAGAAAACAAACAAGACGACUGUGUGGUGAUCUGGGGAGAGUGCAACCACUCUUUCCACAACUGUUGUAUGAGUUUGUGGGUAAAACAGAAUAACCGCUGCCCUCUGUGUCAACAAGAGUGGUCUGUACAGCGAGUUGGUAAAUAGUCCCUUCAUAAUAUGAAAUAUUCUACUGUAAAUCUUUUUUAUUAAUCAUAAUUUUAAUAAAUCUAAGCUGGAUUUCAUUACUGCAAGUAAAAAUAUACCUGUACUUGUACUGUAUAUCUAUAUUCUCACUAGUAUUUCAAUACCUGUACAGAAUAUUAAACUAUAUUUGAACUAUUAAUUUUAUUAAUAGUUUAUUGUGCAAAGAAUUGUGUUAAUGACAUGCUGUUUUGUAAGCAUACAAGAUGAUGCCAAAUCAUUUUUGUGUGUGUAAAACUUACCCAUGGUUGAAAAUUAAUGAUGAACAUUGUGUCAUCACCAUAUAGGUCAUUAUUGUCACUAUAUAGGUCAUUAUUGUCACUUAUCUAAAAGAAAAUGCUAAAGUAUUUAUUAGUUCAGUAAUAAAUUGUUACGUCUUGCACUUAUGAUAUUAUAUCCACUCUAUUGAAGUUAAAUGUAAACAAAAUUAAGUGCAUCUACAGGAGAAUGACAAACUUGUAUUUCAAAAAAUAAAGCUAUAUAAAAAGUCAA